GUCGCCUUCAAUGGCGCCGGCAGAGAGUUGGAAGUCCUGCGGCACCUCAACGGCAGCCCAAACGUUGUACACUUGCUCGGUGUCUUUGAAGGUUCUGACCCAGAGGCAAAGACUCUGAACUUCGUAUUGGAGUACAUUGAGGACACGCUGGGGCGGAUCAUCAAGCACCACCGUCAGCAGGGGACGGAAAUGGACUUCCAAUUUGUGCGCAUCUACUUGUACCAGCUCUUGAGAGGGCUCGGCAGCUUGUGCCGGGAGGGCGUGGUACAUCGAGAUAUCAAGCCGGCCAAUUUGCUUGUGGAUCCCACUAGCUACACGCUGAAGGUCUGCGACUUUGGCACUGCCAAAUGGGUAUCCAACAACGAGGUUUCUCAGGCCUACGUUUGCUCGCGUUUCUACCGCGCCCCCGAGCUCAUUCUGAGCGCGCGGGAUCACACAACCGCGGUGGACAUGUGGGCGGCGGGCUGCGUUCUGGGAGAGAUGCUCCUUCAUCAGCCGCUCUUCGCUGGCAAGGAUGGCAUUGACCAGCUGUUCAAGAUCAUGGAGAUCUUGGGCACGCCCACGCCGCAGCAACUCUACUCGAUGAAUCCUUUCUACGACGCAGCAGCUGGCUUCACGCAAGUGCCGGCGCUGAAGUGGAGCAAAGUCUUGCGUGCCAGAUGGAGUGCACAGGUGGAAGAGCUCUUGUCCCUGAUGCUGCAGUUGGACCCCAAGCUGCGACCCCAUCCGCUGGAAGCAAUGGGCUUUGAUUUCUUCGGCGAGCUUCGGAAGAAUCCGCCCAAGAGAGUUGCUGCCGACUUCUUCAACUUCACUGAUCAGGAGAGGUCCAGCUGCAGCCCGGAAGUUCUGAGGAAGUUGCUGCCGGAGACUAGGGUCUCGACCGCUGGCUUCUGACUUGGAAAGGAGCUUUGUGCUAAGCUUUGGACCAGAUUGGUCAAGUAAUCAACCUGCAAGUGCCAUCCAUGAUGGCAGGCUAAUGGCUUGGGUGUCGCAGCAUGAAUCAAGUGGUGCGACACGCGUGAAGUGCCUGGAUUAGGGCGCUUGGACAUACUUAUUGCCGC